AGGAUCGCGGGCGCGGCAGACUGGAUAGUGGAUACCCGUCUAAAUCGUGUAUUUCCAUUGACAAGCAGUAUAACCUGUUUAGACGGAGGUCGUGCUGGCCGUCAAAAUCGUCCAGGUCCGUCGUCUUCCGCGAGACUCGCUGCUAAAAAGGUCUUCAGUUUAGUUUCUUUUUGCAUCGUAGAGAGGCCUUUCAUCGAAGAAGCAGCGAGUUUGAAGUCGUCGCGGCGAGCUCUCAGCGACAGAGCGAGUUUCUUUGCGCGGAAGCUUGCCACACCCCUAUCGAAGACGGCAUUUUUUGGCGGGCGUCUCUGUGGAAACACGCACUUGGAAAAUACGGGAUUUAGAAUCCACGUUUUACACAAUUUGAUUGGUCAAUUUGAAUCUGCCGACGUCUAAAGUGAUGUUAGAAAGACUUCUAAAGCGAAGCGGAGACCAAAAGCAACAGAAAUAGUGGGUUCGCUACACUUUCUUCCUCCCUCUCUUCGCAGUAAAUCGUCUUCCUUGUCUCCACGGAGCUACUGACAAGCAAACGCUGUAGCUACGUUUUCUAAAUAACGCGCAGCACGUAGCCACCACUUCUGACUACUCGGGGAUGGCUCAGCAGCUGAAGAUUCCCUGGCAGUACGCCGGCUACGGUGAACCUCAGCAGCGUGUCUACCAACCAUCGCCUCUCCCGCUCAGAGCCGCACGGUGCGGCGAAGGAGAAGAAAAACCUGGAGCCCCACCUAAACUGUCUCCUCGCUCUCCCGGCGCGGCCCUCACUACUAGGGGGAAGCGACCCAGACCUCCUGCCACUGCGACGGACAGUAAGUCAAAGGAAGAGUCGUCACAGAGAAAGACGGGUAGCCAAGGGCUGUCUAGUACACCUCACGCCCCGAGGAAGAAGAGGUCUGUUCUGGAGCUCCUGCCUGGCAGAGUAGGAGGGUCGUCCUCCAGUCUCCUGCUGCCAUCUACACAUCAACUGCUGCAGAAACACUCCUACAUUGACUCAGGGAAGCUAAAGACAGUACCACUGAAAGAGAGUAAUGUGGAGAGGAAGAGAGAGGGAGAGAAAGGAGGAGGGAGAGAGAAAGAGGGAAAGGGACAAAGGAAGGAGAGACAGAAACCGCUACCCACCAAGAAACAGGCCUGGCAGGAAGGUCACACGAGAACAAGGGAUAAACCAGAAAAACAGGUCAAACAAGUUCAGCCGUACAGGAGAACAGUCACUACCACUCUACCUGAAGGGGUUCCACUCUUGGAUCUCAGUAGACUGAAUGAACCAGACCACCAGAUGAACCCUGUAGUGAGAGCUAGUGAUUAUGCGGUACUCCUGGUGUGACCUGUUGCACCAUGCAGUCAACUGCCACAUCUCCCCUCUCUCCUCUCUCUCUCCGUCUCCCUGCCACUGGGCCGGCUGCAACACCACCCCACUGAGAAUGAAACCCUCUCUCAUAAGACAUCUGGAGACCCAUCAUUGUAGUCCAGGUCCCAAGCCCAUUCCACCCUCUGUGGCAGUUACUCUCGCAAAACUGAAACAUUGUCCUCCUCUUGAGAAUGAAGUGGAGUCUCCUCUGACAAAGGCGGUUCGUGUGACAGCUGCUCUGGUCCUCAGAAACCUGUGUCGAAUGGCUCCCUCCACUCACUGUCAGAUAAGGAGACAUGAACACAGACUCAGUGAAGUGGCUCUGUCUGACAGAGAAGCUGCUCACGCCAUUACAGAGUGUCUCACCUAUUUAAACCUCCCUCCUCCUUCUCCUCCCUCUCUCGCUGCUAACCCUCAUGAUAACACUGUCACACAUCAUCAGUUGACUGAAAACUCAUACAGCUCUCCCUAAUGAUUGUAUUAUACAUUUCAUCAGUCUUUCAACCUCAGAGAAAGCUGCA